ACGGCUCGCUAGGGUUUCUCGAGGACCGCAGAUCGUCGAGGCGUCGGAAUUUCCCUCGCGAAGAGAUGUCGACCGCCGGAGAACUCGCGUGCUCGUACGCCGCCAUCAUCCUCUACGACGACGGCAUCCCCAUCACGGCUGAGAAGAUCACCACGUUAGUUAAUGCUGUAAACGUGAAGAUUGAGUCAUAUUGGCCUGGUUUAUUUGCGAAGCUUUUUGAGAAAAAGAACAUUGAAGACCUUAUCCUCAAUGUUGGAUCUAGUAAAGACACAGUU